AUGAUGAUUCAGAGGGUUCUCUCAGUCCUCAAGGCUUUGGUCAAGACUGGAGACGCAGCCCUCGUCAUUUUGGGCAAAAAGCUCUGCAAAAUAAACAGUUCCUACGACGAGGAAUUCUGCACUGGAGUUGUCGAGCGUGAGGCACCUUCGAUUGCUUCCAUAAUCAGAACCAUGAAAGUUGGGUCCGACUCAUGUAUCCAUUUCUGUAUGAGUUUUCUCGGAGUGUGUGAUGCCCCAAAAAUCGAUGAAUGGAAUAUCGGGUUUACGACCCAGAAGUGUUGCCAUGGGGCCAAGGACAAGAUCCUCAAAGACGAAGACAGGGACAUUAUCCAGAUUGUUCAUUUCUCGGAUAUUCAUGUCGACCCUUUAUAUGAGAAGGGAUCCAACACCAAGUGUGGCAAACCCACAUGCUGUCGGUCCUACACUGAGAAUGACAAGCCGGGCAAGACGAGGAAUCCCGCGGGACCAUUUGGCGAUCACGCAUGUGAUUCUCCGAUUGCUUUGGAGAAGAGCAUGUACGAGUUCAUCAAAAGGGAGUUUCCACAGGCUGCUUUUUCUCUCUUCACUGGCGACAUUGUCGACCACGGUCUUUGGAAUACCAGCAAGUCUUAUAACGAAGACCUCAUCCAACACUCGUAUGAGAUGAUGACUGAGAACCUCAAUAUUGUGUAUGGAACUACUGGUAACCACGAGGUUCACCCACCAAACAUCUUUGAACCCGUGUCCAGAGGAAACGAAACUCAAUGGGUUUAUGACAGCCUUUCCAGGGCGUGGUCUCGUUGGAUUGGUAACUCAUCCAUGGUAGAGGCCCGGGCCGUUGGUGCCUACUCCACCAGGUACCCCAAGGGCAAUCUUCGAAUUAUUUCUCUCAACACCAACAUGUACUACCGACUCAACUUUAUUCUGUACCAAGAAGUGCUUGAGAAGGACCCCAAUGGCCAGUUUGAAUGGUUGAUCAAGGAACUCGAUGCUGCGGAGGUGAUCGGCGAGAAUGUGUACAUCAUCGGCCACAUGCCCAUGGGAGAUGCGGACGCUCUGCCCAACGGCUCCAACUACUUCGAUCAGAUUGUUAACCGCUACUCCAAGACCAUAAAGGCCAUGUUCUUUGGCCAUACCCACCUUGAUCAUUUCGAAAUCAGCUACUCCAAUUAUACUGAACGUACUCACAACAAUGCCGUUGCGAUUUCCUACAUCUGCCCCUCGCUAACGCCCACAGCCGGCAUGCCGUCCUUUCGGGUCUACGACGUAGACGCAGAGACUUUUGAAGUCAUUGAUGCCAAAACCUACAUUGCCGAUAUGGAUGACGAAAGCUUCCAGACGAGUGGUCCAACGUGGAAACAGUACUACUCGGCAAAAGAGGCGUAUAGUGAAAUCGUUGAGCCCCGUCUCACAGAGCCCAAAGCAGAGCUAUCCCCCGCCUUCUGGCACAACGUCACCGUCGCUUUUGAGAAUAAUCAGACCGCGUUCGAUCUCUACAUGACUCGCAAGUCCCGAGGUUGGCAAGCCGACAAACAGUGCACCGAAAUGUGUCGACAGACAGAGGUUUGCGCCUUACGCGCUGGCCGUGCUCAGGAUAACUGCUGGGUUCCAACUGCCGGCGUUCACUUCUCCAAGCGCGACGAGUCGGCGCACAACCAUAACAAGCAUGACGAGUGUGGCUCUUCUGUCACUAAGAGUCUCCUGAGCAGCCUCAUGAGAAGAGAGGACAUGCUGGAGCUGCUCCAGGAGAGCUUUCUGGAUGUGGAUGCGACCAUUGAGCCCGCUCUAGUGUGGUGA